AUGUACAUUGCCUUGUCAGACAUGGCCACCAUGGCCAUGAAGGUCAUCUCAUGCCAUUCCUAUGGGGAUGAUGAACAAUGGUCCUGGCUGACUGGGCAUGAGCUUGACAUCAUGCAACUCAUGUCACCACACAAACACAUCUGCACCACUUACAACACCUUCCACACCAAUGAUGGUGGACUUGUGACAUGGGUCUCAUCUCAUUGA